CUCCUACGUGACGCUUCUUUCCCUCGUUCUUCCUCGGCUUUAUAUGCUGGACCUACUUCUCGCCGGUGACUACAAGACUCGGUGGAGUUCUAGGACGAUCGAUUGCUUCUUGCUUUGGUGGGAGAAGAUCGAUGGGGGAAGAGGAGUCGACCAAGAUGGAGGUUGAAGGCGUUGCCGGGACUGCUGCACAUCCUCCUCCGGCGGAGACAGUGAAGGACCUGGCGAAGGACAAGUCAGCGGUUCCACCGCCUGAGGAGGAGGAGAAGCCGGAUGAUUCCAAGGCUCUUGCCACCGUGGACACAACUGAGGCUGCCGCUACCAAGAAAACAUCAGGUGGUUCGAUUGACAGAGAUGCUGUGCUUGCAAGGGUUGAGACAGAGAAGAGGGAGUCCAUGAUCAAAGCAUGGGAGGAGAACGAGAAGACCAAAGCACAGAACAAGGCUGCUAAGAAGAUGGCAUCUAUUACUGCAUGGGAAAACUCAAAGAAGGCUGCUUUAGAAGCUGAGCUGAAAAUGAAAGAGGAAGCAUUGGAGAAGAAGAAGGCAGAGUACGUAGAGAAGAUGAAGAACAAGAUCGCCAUGCUACAUAAGGCAGCGGAGGAGAAGAAAGCCAUGGUCGAGGCUAAGCGUGGGGAAGAAUUCCUCAAGGCAGAAGAGAUGGCCGCUAAAUAUCGCGUCACAGGGUUCACUCCCAAGAAGCUUUUUGGUUGUUUUGGGGCCUAAGUAGAGACGAGGGGCGGGUGGGGACUGGAACACCUACCACCUGUUCGUGAGAAUGUGUUUGGUUUGGUGGUGUGUGCUGUGGUUUGUAUCUUAUGUAAUUUGCACGGGGAGUUCUUUGGGUAAUGUAAUCGAUCUUAAAUGACCUCAAAACCAGUUGCGAUCGACAUGAAA